GAGUUCGUUUCUCUAUCCUCUGUAAUCACAAUGGCUCCAUAGAUCUUCUUCAUACAACUCGCAAUCCGUGUGAAACGUUUGAUUUCGACGUUCUCUUUGUGAAACGAUGGAUUCAGACUCAGUGCCUUCAUUUUCACCAACUAAGCAAGAUAAGAUGGGUUUGGGUUGGAUUGAAUGGCUCAAAGGGUGGUACCAUUUGGUUCUGGAGACAUUCUUAGAGAAAUACUGGUCAAGACAUUUGGCAAACCCAUUGCCUCUGCCUCCCCUCUAUGGUAUCACCAGCAUUGUCACUGGUUCGACUAGUGGAAUUGGACUUGAAAUAGCCCGGCAACUUGCAGAGGCAGGAGCACACGUUGUUAUGGCAGUAAGAAACACUGAUUUAGCUCAUCAUUUGCUCCAGAGCUGGCAACAAGAAUUGCAAAAGAGAUCCCCUAAGAAAGUUCUUGAUGUUGAUGUGAUGGAACUCAACCUUAGUUCAUUAGAAUCGGUAGCCAGAUUUGCAAAAGCAUGGAAUUCAAAAAACAAACCACUGAAUAUUCUUAUCAACAAUGCGGGUAUCUUCUCAAUGGGAAAGCCUCAGAUGUUUUCACCUGAUGGUUACGAAAUACACAUGCAAGUUAACUUCUUGGCUCCAUCAUUGCUUUCGCUCUUACUUUUGCCAUCUCUAAACGCCGGUGCUCCUAGCCGAAUUGUGAAUGUGAAUUCCCUUAUGCACGCCAUUGGUUAUGUUGACUUGAGGGAUAUGAACUUUGAUAAGGAUAUAACAAAGUUUACUAGCUUAAGAGGGUACUCAAGGAGUAAACUGGCACAAAUCAUGUUUAACAAUAUCCUUCAUAAAAGCAUUCCGAAGAGUGCCCGAAUCUAUGUGGUAUGUGUGGAUCCGGGCAGCGUUCGUACAAAUGUGGUACGAGAUCUUCCUAGAAUAAUUCAAAAUGCAUUUCAAUUAUUAGCCACAUUCCUGUAUACAGCUCAAGAAGGAUCCAGGAGUGUGUUGUAUGCAGCUGUUUAUCAUGAGAUUUGGGAGUAUUGUGAGAAGUUGAAAGCAGAAGAAUGGCCAGUUUGUGCUUACGUGGCGUGCAACUGUAAGACCAUGAUUCCCAGCAAAGAAGCACAGAAUAUGCAGAUUUCGAAUAUGGUGUGGAAGAUGACACUUGAUAUGAUUGGUGUCCCUAAAGAUGCAGUGGAUCUUCUUUUGGAUGGCAAAGAGAUUCAUUGCCGAUAUUCAAAUCUAGUUACCAAUUAA